AAAAGAAAGCCAAAAUUUCAUGGCGAUGUGCCAAAAAUGCAGAUGAACAACCACUCACCAUACACAUCAUGACGAUCGACUUUACUGCGAGGCCAGAAAAGCCUCUUCCAUACUCGGAUGAUUUUUCAUCUGCAGACCAAUAUGUCGACAGUCUGCUGGACUUUGCGACCAAUUCCCACCUUUUCCAGUUUCUCUGUGGUGGUGUCCACAUUCUUGACUUCUUCACCAGCGAGCCCGGCCUAUUUGUCUCUGCCGUUCCCAAGGAAUGGCAGGAGUACCUGGUGCAGACCGAGCCCAUGGUCCUUUUGGAUUUCUUGAUGAGAGAUGAUCUUGACACACUUGCCGCGCAAACUGGCCCGGGACAGCCUCCCGAGACGCUGGUUCAAUAUGUCAAGGAUAUCAGGAAACUUUCUUUACGACGCUCCUUCCAGCCCAGCAAGCCAAAACUACCGGUGCUUCCUCGGCAGGUAGCUUUGGGAAUGAACACCAAGAAAGUUCACGAAGUCACUCACUUUUCCGGAUACAUCGACAGGCUCUCGGAGGACGUCGCUCGGGUGAGGGGACAGGAACUGACGCACUUGGUAGACUUUGGCAGUGGCCAGAAUUAUCUAGGCCGCGCUCUGGCGAGUCCUCCGUACAACAAGCAUAUUGUUGCCGUGGAGAGCAAGGAGGCCAACACAGCAGGCGCUAAGGAUCUCGAUAUCUUGUCCGGUCUAGCUGAGCGGGAGAAGAGAAUCCGCAACAAGAAGCUCUACCACCGCAUUAUGGAAAGUGUAGAUCCGUCAGAAGCCAACGAUGAAGAGGCACUGAAGCGCGCCGCAAAGGCACUGGGUGUGACAGACGAAGAUAUUGCUACCAUUGAUCUCCGAUCGAGAAAGGAGCUUCAGGCCACUUAUGCGCGGGAGGAAGGAAAGGGCAGCAUUGAGUACGUCGUUGCCAAGUUGGGAGAUGCCGACUUGGCCCCUGUGAUCUCCCAGCUGGAGUACACGGAAACUCACAGCGAGGAUGAUCUCAGCAUGAUGGCUGUGUCCAUCCACUCAUGUGGCAACCUCUCUCACUACGGCAUCCGGUCCAUGGUCCUCAACUCGUCUAUCCACGCCGUUGCAAUCGUGGGUUGCUGCUACAACCUUCUCACCGAAAAACUGGGUCCUCCGACUUUCAAGCCUUGCUUCAGUCGGCCAACCCUUCAGCCAUUGAAUGCUCGUGUUGUUAGGGAGUCCGAGAGACGAGAUCCCCAGGGUUUCCCCAUGAGUGAGAAACUCUCCACCUACAAUGACCAAGGCAUCCGACUCAACAUUACAGCGCGUAUGAUGGCGUGCCAAGCACCCGGGAACUGGACCGACAAGGAGAGCGAUGCCUUCUUCACCCGCCACUUUUACCGCGCCGUCUUGCAAAGGAUAUUCCUCGACAAGGGGGUCAUUUCCAAGGUCUACCACGGGCCAAGCGAGGGCGAGGGCGAGGGCGAGGAUGGCAACGAGAGCCCGUUCAACUUCAGCACCAACCCCGUCGUGAUCGGCUCACUCAGGAAGCAAUGCUACACCUCGUUCAGCGCCUACGUCCGCGGAGCGAUCACGAAGCUAACGACCAACUCGGACUUUAGCCAGUACAGCCAGAUUGUACGCGAGAAGCUAAGUGACAUCACCGACGAGGAGAUUGCCAAGUACGAGGCCGCGUACCUGCCCCGAAAGCGGGAGCUCAGCGCAGUCUGGAGCCUGAUGGCCUUUAGCGCGUGCGUUGUUGAGUCCCUUAUCGUGACUGACCGGUACCUGUUCCUCAAGGAACAUUCCGAUAUUGUUCGCGACUGCUGGGUGGAGACAGUAUUUGACUAUGGCCAGAGCCCUCGAAAUCUCGUCGUUGUGGGUAUCAAGAAAUAAGAAGACGUGUAGGAAAAUAAAACGAUGUCGGAUGAGUUGUCUCCUCUUCCCCAGCCACCUUUGUCUUUCACGCAUACCUACCUAUACAGCAAUCUCUCGGAUAUUGUACCCCUGGGGUUGUGCGGGAUGUUGUAAGACAUUUGACUUGUUGACCUGAUAUAUCUAUUUUUGUGUCCGUCCAGGUUAUACCCUAUGUCUACCUAUCCCGGGGGUUUUAUUCCGCAAAUGGAGAGAGUUGCAGGACUGUCGUUCCGAAUUUCUGCACGCCUUCGGUUCGGCUAAUGGUCGCAUCCUUCUUCGAUGGGGAACUGCCAUUCAGCAUGUCGCAAUAGGUUGAAGCGAUCUGUCCCACGCUGCAGCAGCAUUACCCCUAGAUCGGAGAGCUCUUAGCCUUCUUGCAGUUUGCCGUUGCAUGUUGAGCCGAAUAAGAAGACUCGACAUUCCGAUGAUCAUCAAGCAUGGUCUUUGGUAUGCCGGAUCCCCUAGUCACUUGCAUGGUGUUUGAUAAUUUGCUUCCGGACAGACGCUGUCACCAGACAAAGUGAAAGCCAGAACUCGGUCCGAUGAUCGGUGUCUAAACCUUCUCUUCCAGGUGGCACAAGCUCGGGUACCGCGACCUGUCAAGCAGAAGCAGAUCAAACCGGAACAUACAAUUGAACCUUUUUGACCAAUCAUGCGGGAACGAACAAAGCUUUGAAACAGAGGCGUUCUUUUCUGCGUUAUCUCUUGUCUCUUGUUGUACAAAGGCAAGUUCAAGUUCUCGGUGUGGCUUCUGACGUGCCGCGUUUUCUCGACAUGACCGGUGUGUAACUGGAAGGGAUACUAUCAGGUGAAGGCUGGCGAAGGCUCGAGAAGUUGGCUGUUUCCGAAGAUGGUCGACAUGUGCUUCCUCCUGGCUAUAGUGAUCCAAUCCAGGCUGACUACUAGAAAGGAAUAGAGGGGAAAGAAGGAGAGGGGGGGUUCACUUCUCGGGAUUUGAUCUGUCUUUUUUUGCGCCACUCCACAAGAGAGGCUUCCCCCACACUUUCUGCUGCCCAAAGAGAAGAACCAAUAACUCUUUUGCGAGAGUUAAUUGUUGUUGCGGUGGCGCCAGGUCACCAGCAAUGAGGUGAAACUGAAAGGCUGUGAAAGAACCCAUGGCUGACAGGCAGGCAACCUCGAGGGCGCAAGCAGAGGUGAGGUACCUGCGUUUCGUCCUUUGACUUUGCUUUACAUGUAUAGUACACUACAUUGCUUAGUGCCGGCAUUGUAGG